CCAAAAAGGGACUCCCAUGUUGAAUGACUCCCCAAAUUAGCGAUGCAGACAGGAGCAGGCCUCGGAAAAAAAGAUUGGAUGAGGAGGACAGCUUCCUCCCUGUUCUGCUACACCUGUGACAACGAACAUUCCAACUGGAACUGCCUGAAAACCUACAAGUGUGAGGACCAUGAGAAAUUCUGCACAACCACAUACAGCAGUGCUGGAGUUGGCAAGGACAUGGGGUACCGCAUCACCAAGAAAUGCUCCGUGGACUGUCCCGAGACCAACGUGAAUUUCGGGAUCGCCUCUUACUCCACCAAGUGCUGCAGAACCUCCCUGUGCAACUUCAGCGGGGCCAACAGCAUCCGGAUCAGCUACUCUGUGAUCCUGCUGGGCAUCGUGGGGAGCCUCUUCUGUGUGCUCAGGGUGGGACUGUGAGCGGGGCUGGCACAAGGUGUGACCACAAGGUAUUCCCCAAGUGAGAAACCUCAGCUGUGUUUCCAAGUGACCCUGUUUUAUCCCCAGAUGUUGCUUCACAUCCCAACAUGACACGGCAGUGUAGCUCCUAUUUUCCCCCCCUGUUGUUUUAUACUAAUUUUUUUCCCUCCUGGAAAAGCUCUUUUGAUAGCAUGUGUGUGAUAAUGUUCAGGGAAAAAAAUAAAGAUUUGUGUUAUUCUA